AUGAUGAAACAUAAAGGAAAAGAUGUUUUAAAAGUUAAAGUUGAAAUAUUAGUUAAAAAAGUAGGCAAUUUAAAAGAAUUAAAUGGUGGAUCAGUUUUUGUUUAUUGGAGAAGAGGUACAUCUAAACAAUCAGGUGAAACACAUCAUAUGAUAGUUAGAAAUGGUGAAGCCAUUUUUGAAGAGAAAAUUUCAUUUGAGAGUAAAUUCUUUAUAGAUGCUAAAUCUCAAAAACCUGAUGAAAAGAAAUUAUCACUUCAAUUAAAAGAAGAGAAAAAGAAAUCACAAGGUAAAGUUUUAGGUAAAAUAGAAUUGGAUUUAACAUCAUACAUGAAUUCAAAACAUAAUCAACCAAUAACUUUAUCAUUUACAAAAGGUUUAAAACCUGAACCACAAAUAUUUUGUUCAUUUAAUACUAUACCAUUAAAACAUAAUAAUAAACCAUUAAUUAAAGUAGGUGGUAAAGAUGCAUCAAAAGAUCCAAGAAUAGUUAGAACAUUUGGUGGUGAAGAUUACUUUUUAGAUAAAACUGAUGAUGAAUUAUCAGAUACAACUGUUGAUACUUCUAUGGCAAAUGAUAUUACAUCAAAUGAUUACUCAGAUGAAGAUAUAAAUGAUGAUUUAGGAGAAAGUAAAAAAGAUUUAAAGAAUGAAAUUGAUAGAUUAUAUAAAGAGAUUGAAGGUAUAGAGAGUGAAAGCUAUGAAAGAUUACAAACUAUCAAAGAGAAAGAAAAAGAUAUAGAAUCAUUAAAAAAACAAAUUAAAAUUUUAUCUGAAGAUAAUCUUGAAAAAGAUAUAAAAAUUGAAAAUCUUUUAUUAGAAAAAGAUAAUUUAAUUGAACAACAAGUUAAUGAAGUUGCAAGAUAUUCUUCUGAUCCAACAUCAGAAGUUGAAAUAUUAAGACAAGAAAAGAUGGAAAAGAUAGCGAUAAUUACAGCACAGGAGAAAGAGAUAUCAAAAUUAAAGAAGCAAAUUAAACAAACUGCAUUAUCUAAUACAGAAUUUUCAAGUACGUCAGGUGCAGAUUUAAGAACUAAAUAUCAAGCAUUGCAACAAGAGAAUGAGCAACAAGAAAAGUUGAUAUCACAAUUGGAAAAGGAGAAACAGGAUUUAAUAGAAAAACAACAACAGCAACAGCAACAACAACAGCAGUUAUAUUCAUCAGCAUCAUCUUUAUCGAAUAUUGGUGGAAAUGCAGGAUCGUUAAAUAACGGUAAAAAGAUACAAAGUCCAGAGAUUGUGCAAACUAAAUCGAAUAAUACAUCAGGAUCAAUUGAAGAAUUGAGAAAACAAUCAGCAGCUUAUAAACAAGAGUUGGAUGAAAAGGCAUUAGUUGAAAGAAGUAUAUUUUUAGGUGAAGUGCAAUUCAGAGGGAAUUUACCAGUUAGUGGUAUUAAUUUAUUCGAUGGUUUGAUCGCAUUGGGUGUAUUGAAAGAUUAUAAAAUUGGUGUCAGAGUUUUCUCAAGUAUUAAUAUCGCAUUUGAACAUACUUUUAAAAAGUCAUCAUCAGAUUCUUCAUUAUUGGCUUACUGGUUAUCAACUUCAUGUUUAUUAUUAGCAAAAAUUAAAAAUAAAAUGGAAUUAGAUCAACCACUUGCCAAUGGUGGUGGUGGUGGUGGUGGUGGUAAUUCCAGUCCACAAUAUGACCAAAAUGGUCAAUUAUCACCAAUUUCAAGUUUUGAAUAUAAUUUAAAAACAAUUAUCUUUAAAUUUUAUUCAAAAUUAGUUCAAAAUGCUUAUAAUAAAUUAUCACCAGUUUUGGUUAAAAGUAUUUUACAACAUGAUAUUCUAGCAUUUAAUAGUGGUAAAAUUUCAAGGAGAAAAUCAACACCUGAUAUUAAUUUAAACAAUAUUAAUUCAAAUAAUAAUAGUAAUGAUGGUGCUGGUGGUAUUGGUGUUGGUGGUGUUAUUACAACAUCUGGUAGUAUACCAUCUUCACCUCAACUUCAUUCUCAUAAUAAUAAUAGUAAUAAUAAUAAUAAUAAUAAAAAUAAUAAUAAUAAUAAUUUUAAUAGUAAUUUAACAAGUAAUACAACAUUAGAUAUUUUACAAGAAUUCUUUGAAAUAUUAAGACAAAAUUAUGUUCAUCCAAGUUUAAUUGGUCAAUUUUAUUCACAAUUAUUUUAUUAUAUAAAUGCAUGGUUAUUAAAUUCAUUGAAUAAUAUUAGAGGAUUGUGUUCGGUGGUUAAUGGUUUCCAAAUGAAGAUUGAGUUAUCAAAGAUUCAAGAUUGGGUUUCAAUUAGUCAUUUAGAUGAAUCAAUUAAUCAAUUGGAACCAAUGAUUGAAACUGCUAAUCUAUUGGUAAUGGAUAAAGAGUUGUUAUCGGAUGAGGAAGUACUUCACCAAGUUUGUCCAUCAGUUUCAAUGUAUCAAAUUAAACAUUUACUACAAUCUUUUCAAACUGAUCAAAUCAAUAGUGAAGAAAUACCUGAUUCUGUUUUUCAUUCAAUUGAUAGACUAAUUCAUAUUAGAAAUGAACCAUUACAUGCUGAUAUCAAUUUAGAUAUCUCUUUUAUGCAUCAAUUAUCUUUAGAUUUCUUAACAAAAGAUCCCCAAUAUGGUAGAGAAAGAAAAGAUAAUACAACUACUACUUUUAAUAUAAAUUCUUAUAAUACUGGUAGUAGUACUUUUAAAAGAUUUUAA